AUGGUAGACAGCGAAGACGUCAAACUCCUCAAUCUCAUCAGUUUCGCCGUAUCUAACGGAUUAAGGGAAGUUGACAUGUUCCCAAACACCCUCACAUCCCUCAAUCUGCAGUUUACGGAAGUUGAAGCCAGCGAGACUUGCUACGCGUACAUCCGCUAUCUCUACAGCCUGCGCGACAACGAUGAGGCAUUGGUCGCGCUCUGGGCUUUGGAGAAGAUUUAUUUGGAUGGCUGGAGCUAUGCCAAGUCCAAAGACGCAGCAACAUCCUCACCCUCACCUUACACUGAGCUGCUGGACAACUGGACAUGUCCCUCAUUCGUAAACUUCGUAGACAGCGACCUGAAGUACCAAGUUGAACGCCUCAAAGGGGGCACAGAUAAGCUCAACGACAUCUUCUCCCAAAUCUGCCAACAUGAAAUCUCAUUCUUCCAACAGUGUCUACAAUAA